AUGGGGCGAGCAAAGCUUGAAAUUAAGAAAUUAGAGGAGAAAACAAGAAGGCAAGUAACCUACUCAAAGAGAAGUAAUGGCCUCCUCAAGAAGGCCUACGAGCUCUCUGUUCUGUGCGAUAUCGACAUCGCUCUCAUCAUGUUCUCUCAGAAUGGAAAACUCUCCCUUUUCUCAGGGGAAAAGAGGAUUGAAGAAGUUCUUGCGCGCUACAUGAAUCUACCUUUGCAUGAAAGAGAGAGCAUUUUUCAGGGCGAACCCAUCAAUAUAACUUCACAAGCAGAGGCAGAAUACCAUGAGCAUAUGCUUCUAGAAGCACUCGGUCGAGUGAACAAUCGCAGAAGAGAUUUGGAAGGAGUUCGGCUUGGACCACCAAACAACCCAACCAAUUUACAUGUUCGGUUGAACAAUGCGAACAAUGCUGAAGCCGGUGAAAAUUUUGCUGAAGUUGAUAAUGCAACAUCUCGCCGCCCUGAAACUUAUACUGCUGCAACACCUGCUAUUCAUCCUCCAGAGACAUCAAGCCCAAAUAAAAUGAAGGGGCAAGAAUUGGAAAGAAUUCGGUUUACAGGCAACAACCCAAUUAAUUUACAGGGAGUGUGGGGUUCUCGGGAACCUUUCGCUUGUGGAACCGGGAAUCUGAAAUGCCAAGAUCCUACUCAAGAUCGUAUAAAUUAUUGGUUAAAUGCAAAUUAG